UAGAGUUUACUACAAUUCACUUCUAUAUUUUUGUAAAUAUUUAAAUUAAUCAAAAAAAUUUUUUUUCUUUUGAUUGCGGGUCAAUUCAAACUAUUUAAUUUAAUAAUAAAAUGUCUACCUGGCCGAGUAAUAAUACUCUUGAUACUGAUAUUGCAACACUAACAAGUUUUGAGUUUGAAAGACCUUUUGAACAAGAUAACGAAAACGUAAUUUCUAAAUUAUUUCAGCGUGUAAAGAGUUCGUUUAGUACUUCGUCGACAAAUUCUGUUUCAGUAAAUUCUGUUUCAGUACUUUCGUCGAACACCACAAAUUCCUCUGAGAUUUUAGAAAAUAGUUCACUAAAUUCUCUUCCUCAAACGUCUAAUUUUAAACCUCUAAAUUCCAAAGUCCCGCUACCUGACAAAGAAAAUAAAGGAUUUGAACCUGCUCCUUCCGUUGUUUCUUUAGAAUCUUCUUCUGGUAAUACCCCGCCGGAGCCUGAGAUUAGUGCUCAAGAACACACAAACAUUAACGGGAAUGAAAAUAGUAUAGCAGGAAAUGCUCAACAUCAAAAUAAUGAUGGACAUUAUUUACUUCAACACCGUACAAAAGACGUUUCAGAUACAAGAUCAAUUAGUUCAGUACAAACUAUUGCAUCAUCGAUUGGAAAUAGUUAUUAUAGUAAGGUUAUUCGAAGAUUGCGUGGUGAGGGAGUUAAUAAAGAUUAUUGGAUGGCUGAUGACACUUGUAGAGAAUGUUAUGAUUGUAAAGCAACAUUUACAAUGCUUCGAAGAAAGCACCACUGUCGUAUUUGUGGUCAGAUUUUUUGUUCAAAAUGUGCAUCAAAUUUGAUUCCUGGUGGAAAUUUUAGUCAUGAAGGGUUGAUGCGUGUUUGCAAUUUCUGUCUUAAGUUUAUGAUGAGAGAAUAUGGUGAAGAUUUUGGGGUAAAUAAUGGACAAGGAAUGUCAGAGAAAAAUGAUUUCAAUAAUUCCGUAACUCAAAGACAGAUCCAUAAUUCAUCCUUAUUACCAGAUAAUCAUAAUAUCAUUUCGACAAAUAUGUUGACCCCAGAGAUUCAAUACACAAUGCCAAGUCCAAAUCCUUAUGGACUGUUACAAAACCAACCAAUACCCCGUGCCCCCUCUCCAGACAGACUUUCAUUGAAUGAUGGUAUAAAAAAGAUGUUAUCCGCUGGUUCUUCAUUUUUCAUGGCAAGAUCAAGGUCAAAUACUAUAACAGUAGAAGACAACGGUACAUCAUCUCCUGCUCCUUUUAGGCGUAGUCUUACUGAGGAGGAUAAAGUUACACCGGCAGUAAAUCCCGAAGCUAUUUUAGAUCCAGAAAUCGCUCCUUUUAUGAGUGACGAAGACGACGAUGGAAAUUAUGAUUUUUCGCAAAACGUUCUAACAUUUUCACAUGCAAAUGGUGAAUCAGCUACUCCAACGCCAGCAGUAUCAGAAUAUGCUGGUAGUGAUGACGAAUCAGAGUAUAGUGUUAAAACUUCACACGGGAUUAAACCAUUUCAAAAGGGACAAAGAGCGGAAGAUAUUCGUGCUCAUUUCGUUAAAAAUUCAUCAUCAAGGCGAAGAAGCAUUACAAGACCGAAUCGAGUCAAUAGGAGAAGCGGUUUGCUUAGACAAAUUAACACUAAUAUUAUGCUACCAAGUGAUAUUUCGAUUGUACCUUCUCCAAUAGAGCAAAGACCAUCGUCACCAUUUAGUACUUGUCAUUCGAGAUCACCUUCUGUGCCAAUAAAACCAGAAAUUAAUCCUGCUUCUCUUGAUCAUAUGAGAAGGUUAUUACGUCAAUGUCUUCUGGAGUCUAAAAUUAAUCUAUCUGAUGGUUGGGAGGAUGUUAUAAUGAAAUUAAUGAUGAAAGUUUCUGAUAACUUAAACCCAAAUAUUCGUAAUGGUGAUGAAAUCGAUAUUCGUCACUAUGUAAAGAUUAAAAAAAUACCUGGGGGAGUUCCUCAAGAUUCAGAGUAUGUGCAUGGAGUUGUAUGUACAAAGAAUUUAGCACAUAAAAAAAUGAGACGAACGCUUGACAACCCUCGUGUACUCAUUCUAACAUUUGCAUUAGAAUAUCAUAGAAUUGAAAAUCAACUAAUGUCAAUACAACCAGUAAUGGAUCAAGAAGAACAACAUUUGAAAAUUUUAGUAGAUCGUAUUGCUGCAUAUCGCCCACAGUUAGUUUUGGUCGAAAAAACCGUUGCUAGAUUGGCAUUACAAUUUUUAUUAGAAAAAAAUAUAGCUGUUGCUCUUAAUGUCAAAUCUUCAGUUAUUGAAGCAGUUGCGCGCUGUACAAGAGCUGAUGUUAUUCCUUCAAUUGAUAAAUUAGCAUUAGAACCUAAAUUAGGAAAAUGCGGUACUUUUUCUGUAAAAACUUUUGUCCAUCAACUUAUUCCAAAUAGAAGGAGGACAUAUUUAUUUUUCGAGAAUUGUCCGCGUGAACUUGGGUGUACUAUUGUUUUAAGGGGAGGUGAUGUAAGUACUCUUGGGAAAAUAAAACGAAUAACGGAUCUUAUGGUAUUUGUUGUAUAUAAUCUCAAAUUGGAGACUGCUCUAAUAGCAAGUCAAUUUGCCAAGACUCCUUCUAUAAUACCAGAAGAUAAAGUAAUAGAUUAUUAUGAAAAGAUUAUGUCAGAUAUGACAGAUAAUGGUAUUAAUAAUGCUCAGACAACGGAUGAUAUGCCUUAUGAGACCACCAUUUUGUCUGUAUCACCGUUUGUCAAAUUUUCAGCCCCUUACUUGCUUUUAAGAAUGAGGCAAGCAGAACGUAGACUUACAGAAUUAAGACAAAAGCGAACCGGAUGGCCUUCUGGAUCAUUUAAAGAUGGCGAGAAAUCGCACUCAUCAUUGUCAUCUGCAGUUGGUGUUCUUUCAGGCAUUUUGCGUACUCCUGAACAAGUUUGUGCCGAUGGCGAAUUUGAAGAAGCUAUUAAUGACUAUGAUAAUCAGAAGCGUGCAUGGGAGAAUUAUGCAUAUAAUAAGGUUGUUAGUCCUUAUGCUCAUCAAAACAUUACUGUAUUAUCUUCUAAAUUUUGUACGGUAACUAUUGAAACGCCGUGCAUUGGACCAGAUACAUUGGUAAUGGAAUACUACAGAGAUUCUGAUCGAACGUUAGGAAAAUAUAUUGAGGAAAUUUGUUCAAGAUCAACAUAUCUCUGUCGUACAUGUGAUAGACCAUUAAUAAUGCAUGUCCAUAGUUUUUGUCAUGGUAACGCACGUAUAACUGUUACAAUCGAGAAAUAUUCUUGUCCAGUUCAAAACAUGGAACAUAACAUUUUAAUGUGGAGUUAUUGUAAAAAAUGUGAGAAAGCAACGCAGUGUACUCAAAUGACUGAAAAUACUUGGAAAUAUUCUUUUGGUAAAUAUUUGGAACUAUCAUUUUACCAAACUGAAUUAAAAAGUAAAAUGGAAGGUUGUACACAUGCUAUUUUUCAAGAUCAUCUUUGGUACUUUGGUUUUAAUAAUUUAACCGUUAAAUUUGAAUAUGAAUCAAUUGAGCUUUUAGAAGUAUACGUUCCUCCCAUGCAACUUUAUACUAAGCCUGAAGUUCAUAUAAAAUUGAAAAAUCACGAUCUUGAUACAAUUCGUCAAAAAAUCACAAAUUAUUGGGAUUCUGUGACAGAUCGCAUUAAAAGUUUUAAUUAUGAUAUUGUUCAAGAAGACAAAGUUGAAGGAUGUAAGCAAGAUUUACUUGAAAUGUCUCGUCGAGUAGUCACAGAGAAAAAGAAUAUGCUUACGAAACUUCAACAAACGUAUGUAAACAGCACACCUGAUGAUACUUUGGCAUUAAACAAUGUUAUCUAUUUGUUACAAGAGAAAGUUUUGAUUUGGGAUAAGGAUUUCAAUGAUAUUGCCAGACAAUAUUUCCCUCGUUUAACUGCAAGACAGAUAAAACGUUUUUUUUUGGACAAUCAUGAUGCGAUAACUUUAGGAAGGGGACAUUCCGGAUCACAUUUGAAUGAUUUGCCUUUAAUUAAUAUGGACCUUGAUGAUGAUUUAAAUACUGCGAGAAUAGAAGAUGAAGUUAUUGGACCUACCAUACUUCCUAAAUUAGGCAGUUCACCAACCGCUGAUGCUAUUCUUAAUGAAUUAAAGGAUAUUGAAUUUUAUCAUGAGGGAGAAAUUGAAAGUUUAGAAAAAGAGAUCGAGAAUGCUUCACAAAUGUCAUUGUUUCCUUUUAUGGAUCCUAAGGUUUCAAGAAGAUUGUCUAUGAAAUGGAUGAAAGAAUCCAAAGAAGGGCAAAGACCAAGAUCAGCGACUCGAGUAACUACUGAUUCUUUAUUUCCAAUAAUAACGGAUAAACAAGAAGAAUGUUCAACUUCCGAACUUACGACUGAACCAGAGAUACCAAUUAUAAUACCAUCAACUAUUAAACCAAUAAAGUUACCUUCCUCGCAUGGAUUUCCUUCAUUUGAAAAUCCAAAUGAUUCUGGGACUCAAAAUAAUUAUCGUACACCUAUUCAUUCAUCAUCACCUCGAAUACGUUUAUCACAUGUAUCAGAAAAGGAAAAAGAAAAAGAGCCUCGACCAUCUAAUAAACUUGAACGUCCUUUAAAAUCAAGUAAAACCCUGAAUGUUCCUUCUACAUCUAGAAGGCGUAUUAUUCCAAGAACAACUCCAGUUGAGAGUAUUGAAAGUAGGAACCGUAAAUUUCCUACUCUUCACAAGCCAAAACGCAAGCCUAAGGUUAUCUCAACAAAAUCAAAAAUCGAAGUUUUUAACAAUAGGGAAGCUGCAGCAGAGGAAUCUGAUGAGGAGUUUGAAGGAAGAGAAGAAAAUAAUUACAAUCAAGAAAAUGAAGAAAUCCGCAUAUUUUCUUUAAAUAGUACGGAUGAAUUCGAUGAAUCACUUGGAAAUGAAGAAAAUUUUCCAAUGUUGGGUCGUAACUCGUCGAAUGAAUCAUAUAUUUAUCACUCAGCAUUGACAUUUUUAGGUCAAGAAUUUACUGAACCAAUUGCCCCAGUAGCGGAAAAUUCUACUAAAAAGUAUUUACUUCCUGAUUAUCAAGGAAAUAAAGUGAUUAGAUCACUUACAAACUUCUGGACAGACAAGAAGAAUUUAAAACCCUUGGAUUAUCCCUUAAAUUCUACCGAGCACGUCUUUCCUGAUUCUCCAAUCAUUGUGAGAGAAGAUGAACCUAGUUCAAUAAUUGCCUUUGCAUUAAAUUCUAAUGAAUACCUUGAGGAAUUAAAAACUAUGCAACAAUCAAAUCAUAAUGCCGAAGUUGCUUUUAUGCCGGAAGAUGAUCGGUAUGGAACUAUUAAAAGUUCUAAUUGGACUAUGUUAGAUUCUGAAGAAGGUGGUGAUGUUGAGGAUAGCCCCAUCUCACACAUGAAAUAUCAAUUUUUGGGUGAUUCAACGCAAUUUUUCUGUAAGAUAUUUUGUGCUGAACAAUUUGAUAAUCUCAGGCGUAGUUGUGGUUGUGGACAUACUUAUAUACAAUCACUAGCACGAUGUGUAAAAUGGGAUUCAUCUGGGGGCAAAUCUGGAUCAGCUUUUCUAAAAACUCGAGAUGAUCGAUUGGUUAUGAAACAAAUGUCUCGUAAUGAAGUUGAUGCAUUCUUGAAAUUUGCUCCAAAAUAUUUCGAAUAUAUGUCAAGAGCUUUAGUCACUUUACCAACAGUAUUAGCAAAAAUAUUUGGUUUUUAUCGUAUCGGCUUUAGGAACGAACACUCAGGAAAGAGUAUGAAAAUAGAUGUUAUUGUGAUGGAAAAUCUUUUCUACGAACGCAAAGUAUCAAAGAUUUUUGACUUGAAAGGUUCUAUGCGUAAUCGACAUGUUCAAAGUACUGGGAAACAAAAUGAAGUCUUAUUGGAUGAAAAUUUACUUGAAUUAAUGAAUGAGAAACCUCUUUAUUUACGAGAACAUUCCAAAAAACUCUUAACUGAAUCACUAUUCAAUGAUACACUUUUCUUAGGUAGACAUAAUGUUAUGGACUAUUCCUUAUUAGUAGGAUUUGAUGAAGAAAAACAGGAAUUAAUUGUUGGAAUAGUUGAUUUUAUUCGAACAUUUACAUUGGAUAAAAAAUUGGAGAGUUGGGUAAAGGAAACAGGUUUUUUGGGCGGUGGUGGAAAAGAACCUACAAUUGUAUCACCACGUCAGUAUAAAAAUAGAUUUAGAGAAGCCAUGGAUAGGUAUUUUCUUAUGGUACCUGACAGAUGGAUUGCGUACCAAGGACAAAGAAAAGCUCCAGCUAUUCUUUAAUGUAAAUAAUAAGAUUAAAAUUGAAUAGUAUAAAAAAGGAAACAUAUAUGUAAUUUAUUUCAUAUAUUAUUUUUAAUUACAUAUAGAAUUGAUUUAUAAUUUAUUGCAUAUUAAUAAUAAUGCAAACAUUAGUAGAAUAACAUUACAUUUUUCUAUUUUUCAAUUUCUAAAUAUUAAGAUUUAGAAAUUUAUUUAUAAAAG